GAACAGUGAAUAGAACACAGAGAUUACCACUCACCCACCUGCUCCCUCACACACACACACAUGCACAAACACACAUAUUUGUAUGUAAAUAUAUAUAUAUGAAUAUGCAUACAUAUACAUAUAUAUAUAUGUAUAAAUAUGUGUGUGUGUAUGUAUAUAAAUAUAUGUAUAUAUACGUAUACAUAUAUGAUACAUACAGAGAUAUAUAUUCCAUCUUUCACAUGAGGACAUAUCACUACAAGUCUAUUGCCAAUUGUUACAUUCACUAAAUUAUGGGAAGAACCUACCCAGCACCUAUUAAGAACUGUGACAACAUAUCUUCGUUCUGAAUUUAAUCACAAAACAUUUUACAGAACAUCAAAAUUUAAAGUAAUCUCGUUACUUUAUUAGCCAUCCUUUUAUGAAUAUAGCUACCCUCUCUCAAAAAUAAUCACAAUUAACACUUUGAAAUUCAAAACAUCAAUUAUAUAAAAGACAAACAAAGUUAAAACGUAAUUGGAAUAACAGAAAAAAAGAAGAAAAAGGAAUCAGAAACUUUGGGAUUGUUGGAUGUUCUCAAUUAAAUACAAGUUUCUAUCCCACAUCGUUAUUAUUCUCCUAAAUAUAACAAAAAUUUUCGUUAAUAAUUAUUAUUAUUAUUAUUUGCAAUGCCGUCAAACAGAGUAAAGUUUUCAUUGACCAAACCAGCAUUAUUGUAUUCCAUGACCAGCAUCAAGCCCUGGCUACCAACAUUUAAAUCCUUGUUGCUUGGACCCCUCCAACCACUUUUGAACGGCCAAUUGGUCAAAAUUCUACUCCUGCUGGUUAUUGUCCAAAUUUCUACCUGUUUGCGUGUCUGUUUGACACUCAAAGAAAUCAGUGAUUCACAGAACUGGGAUACAUUUUUUGAAACAUAUUCCUUGCCCAGAGAGGAGUGUGAAAAUUUGUGUGUGAGACGUUCUGCAUGUCAUUCAUUCUCGUACGAUUCUGAAGAUAACCGCUGCAAAUUAUCGUCAAAGAACCCAACCGCAGAUUAUGAAAACAUAACUAUUAUAACAAGCUCACCUUGUAUUUAUCGCCCUUGUGCUGCAGACGAAAUGUGUGUAAACGCAAACAGGUCCGGUCAUUUUUGUUUCCCAUUGGAUAUUGACUGUGGAUACCCUUUGCAAUAUAGAAAUAUGCUCCAUGAUGUUCCUAGCACAAAAUACUCGAAUGAAGUUCAGUAUUUCUGCAAAGUAGGCUAUAGAUUUACAGAGGGAGAAAAUACUUCAACAUGUCUUUUAAGUGGAAAAUGGUCUGCUGUGCCUGCAGAAUGCCAACAAAUCGAAUGUGGAACUCCUGCUGUUAUACCAAAUACUACUAUGGUUGUUGAUGGAGCGGCCAUCGAUCCAAGUGAUGUACCUCACACUUACCUAAGUCAGGUGACAUAUCGCUGUCUUGAAGAUUAUGUCAAAAUAAAUGGAUCUGUAACAUCCACAUGUCAGCUAGAUUCUCAUUGGGCAGCUGCCACUAUCCAGUGUCUUUAUGUCAAAUGUGCCGAUCCUCCCAGAUUACCGGACACUACAUUGUCCUUGAAUGGAGAAAGCGUGGCACCAUCAGAGGUACCUGGCAAGUUUAACACUAGGGUGACAUACAACUGUAGUGAAUAUAAUGUUUAUAGAAGUGGAUCUACUAGUUCUGUGUGUCAGUUAAAUUCAACAUGGUCAAAUGUCUCCAUACAGUGUCUCUAUGUCAAGUGUGGUCGUCCUCCCAAGAUAACUGAUGCUGAAUUUCAAGUUAAUGGAAAAAGCACAAGUAGGACAGAUGUACCUGACAAAUAUAACAGUAGAGUGACUUACAAGUGUAAAGAUGGUUUUAACUAUGCUGAUGGACCUCAGACUUCUGAGUGUCGGUUAGAUUCAAAAUGGUCUAAAGUCAUCAUGGUGUGUUCCAGAACUGAUGGAUAGAUUUUGGAAAUUUUUGGAAACAUCACAUUUGUCUGUGCUCACUGCUGAUUAUUAUUUGACUUACAGGGCUCAUAAUGAAUAUUAUUCCAAAUUGACAACAGCAUGCAGCAUUGAGGGGGAAAAUACAAUUUCCCACCAGAAGAAAAGUCAAGGAUGAAAACCAAGUACAACAUGACUAUUUUGACCGUUUAUCUAUUAUUACCUAUUGUUGAUUCUGUUGACCAUUAUCACUUCCACUGCAAUAAAUGCUUAUAAAUUUAGUCACUUCUCUAAACCUUAAAAAUAUUCAUUUACUUGUUUCACUCAUUGCGUUUAUGCCAUACUGGGGCACCACCAUCAAGACGUCUUAUCUAUCCUGUCAAUCCAAGUAUAUAUUUCAGUUUGGCACUGAUUUUAUCAUUUGCUGUUUACUGAAUUGCUAAGUUUCACUUUCACAUAAGGAGCAUGACUCAAACACUGGUAAUCAUAAGCACAAAGAUAUAAGUGCACAUACGAGAAGAAUAAAAUGUACCAGCUCUGUUUUUGAGUAUUUAGAUCACAAAAUGAAAUAUCGUCCUUGAACCAAUCUAUUUUAUUUUCAGGCCGUUCAAUCUAAAAUUCUUUAUACUCACAUAAUAUCGGUGUAUGACGAGAAGAAUCAAAUGUACCAGUUCUGUUUCUGAGUAUUCUUCAUACUUAUCUUAUGAACCUCAGUGUCACUUAAAGUGGACGUGCCAAGACGAUUAAAAUGACAGCUAGAAACAAAACAUUAAAAUCCAUUUAGUCACACAUUCUGCUGUUGCUACCAAUGUACCACUGCUGAGUGAGCCAACAUGCUUACGUGCUUGCCUUCUCUAUAAUUUGGCUUUUUGCUUAUUGUUUAAAACCCUAUAACAAUAAUAGAUUUUUAAAACAAUUAGAUAAACCAUAACUUUUCAAUUUUAUUUGUAAAUGCUGAACAGCAGUUUGUUAAUUCUUAACUGGUUAUCUUGUUUUUAUAUGUAUUUCACCAGAGCACCUUUCAAUAAAUAAUAAAUAAU